GGGUUAAGUUUAGCCCCAUACUUUACAAACAAGCCUACUACCUUGUCACGCAUACAGGAUAUUACAUUACGCAGUAUUAAGUAGCACACCUUUGUCCUUAACGUAAAGAUGGUGAUGUCUGUACAUAAGUCUGGCGUCCAGUGUACCCUGGUAGGGGACGGAAUGGUCGGAAAGACGUGUCUCGCACGCUCCUUUGCUGACCAGACAUUUCCGGUCAAUUAUGUGGCCACCGUCAUGGACACAUACAGAGGUACUACUUAUGUGGAUGGGAAUAAAUACGGAAUUACACUCACUGACAUGGCUGGAGAGCACGAUGAUCUAGCCACAAGUACAUACAAAGAGACGGAUGUCUUUGUCAUCUGCUACAGUGUGGUAGACCGAGACUCCUUGGAUAGUGUCCGAGACUUCUGGGCUCCUGAAAUCAGGAACAUCGCUAAGAAACGUCCGGUCAUCCUUGUGGCUACCCAGACUGACCUCAGAAAGGACACAAACUCUCAGCAUGUUAGUAAGAAAGAGGGGGAAGCUCUGGCCAAGCACAUCAAUGCCGAUGGUUUUCUGGAGAGUUCAGCUAUUGCUAAAGAGGGAGUUUCUUCCGUGUUUAAAGCAGUUGUUCAAUCAUCUCUUCGCUUCAACAAGAAAAAGUCCAACAUCAUGAAACGUGUAUUCAACAGGUGAACAAAUUGUUCCUGAAAAUGGACAUAACUUCAAAUGAUCCCCUGUGAUCAUCAACAAGAUUAACUCUUGUAUCGGUUCCCAUACCGAAACGGUCAAUCUGACCCGACUGGCCCACAGCAGACUAGUCCUUUUCGGUCAAGACUAUCUGACCUCGAAGGAGGGCGCGAUGGUAGACAUUUGUCAUUCACGAGCUUUAUGCAUUUCACUGGGAACUCGUCCCAGAAAGAUGAAAUAUUUUUUUGCUGUGUAAUUAUGGGUGUUGCCUGUGUAAUGCACUGUAGUGUAUGAUGGGUUUUACCUGUAAUAUGCACUGUAGUAUAUGAUGGGUGUUACCUGAAAAGCGACGUCAACUGUAAUUAAAGUGAAGAUGGAAUCGCAAGUAUUGUGUUCUGCCACCAACCGUGACUCUAUUCACUAUUCAUAGACACCUCAAGGAACUUACACUUGCAUAUCAAAGCGAUGUUUGUCAGGUUUAAAAGACUGAAUCUCUCGUAUACCAGCAUGGACCUUGACACCGGCUGAACUUUUCAACAUUUACAUAAUGACUUAUCACCACGUUGUGGAGAACUUGUUAUUCUCAUGUGAAAAUUGAAGCAACAAUCAAUAAAAAAAUAAGUGAAAUGUCUCAUAA